AUGGGCGAUUCCUCGUACAGAGGCGUGUCAGCAGCGCAAGACUCCCGCUUCACUAACAAGGAAUCUAUUUUCCUUCGUAAGCUCAAAUUCCCUUCCACAUUCGACACCAAAGUCGACAUGACCAAAGUCGAGCUUUCCGUCUUAAAGCCAUGGAUUGCACGUCGAGUCACUGAUCUGCUUGGGUUCGAAGACGACGUGGUACUUGAGUAUGCUGCGGGAAUGUUGCAAGAGGAAAGGUUCCCUGAUCCAAAGAAGAUCCAGAUUCAAUUGAUGGGAUUUUUGGAGAGCCAAACGGCCGACUUCAUGGCUGAGCUGUGGGAGCUCUUAAUUUCGGCACAGGAGAGUCCAGGCGGAGUCCCGAAGCGGUUCGUGGAGGAGAAGAAGGAAGAGUUGAGGUUGAAGAGGGAGGAAGGCGAGAGGGUGGUGAGGGAGGCAAGGGAAAGAGCGAGGCGUGCAGCGGACGCAGCUGGAGCGGAUCAACCAGUCAAGAGGAGGUCCAGAUGGGAUACUGGUGCGCCAUCAACAUCCAAUGACCAACACGGGGAUACUCGACCGCCUGCACAUACAUCUAACGAUCCAAAUCGUAGAGACGAAUACCGUCGACGUGACGGCCCCAGUCGGAAUGAGUGGAACCGACGUCGAGGAAAUGAUCAAUACAGCGUCAACGGCCACGGCCGCAAUUGUGACCGCUACAGUAAUAGUUUGGGACCAACUCGAGACUCUGGAUGGGGAUCACGAGCCGCUCGAGAAGAUACGUCAUCUUCGCGUCACCCUCCGCCUCGUUCGCCUUCGCCCCCACCACGACGCAGACGACGAUCGCCAUCCCCCACCCCGCCGCGGCAACAAUGCCAACGGUCAAGGUCUCGUUCUCGAUCGAUCACACCCGACUACCGCGCUACUCUUCGCCAACGCAAGCAGCUAGCUCGACCGGAAAACCAAAAUGACGACCGCUAG